GCCGCCGAGCAGCCAAGCAACCACCCUCCCCUGCCAGUUCCCGCGCCCGGGCCGGGGCUAGGCCCCCCACCGCCGGGUCUCCGGGGGCUGCAGCAGCGGCGGCGGCGACAGCGGCGCCGCCCGCGGUUCCCACCGGGGCCCGGGCGCCGGCCCCGCUCUGCAGGAUGGGCACGGUGCUGUCUCUUUCCCCCGCCUCUUCGGCCAAGGGCCGGAGGCCCGGCGGGCUGCCCGAAGAGAAGAAGAAAGCGCCGCCCGCGGGGGACGAGGCGCUGGGGGGCUACGGGGCGCCGCCAGCAGGCAAGGGCGGCAAAGGCGAAAGCCGACUCAAGCGGCCGUCAGUGCUCAUCUCGGCGCUUACCUGGAAGCGCCUGGUGGCCGCGUCUGCCAAGAAGAAGAAAGGCAGCAAGAAGGUGACGCCCAAGCCGGCGUCCACUGGCCCCGACCCCCUGGUCCAGCAACGCAACCGCGAGAACCUUCUCCGCAAGGGCCGGGACCCCCCAGACGGCGGCGGCGCCACCAAGCCACUGGCGGUGCCGGUGCCCACCGUGCCCGCGGCCGCCGCCACCUGCGAGCCGCCGUCGGGGGGCAGCGCGGCCGCCCCGCCGCCGGGUUCGGGCGGGGGAAAGCCGCCGCCGCCGCCACCCCCAGCCCCGCAGGCGGCGCCCCCGGUGCCUGGCGGCUCGCCGCGGCGGGUCAUAGUGCAGGCGUCCACCGGCGAGCUGCUGCGCUGCCUGGGCGAUUUCGUGUGCCGACGCUGCUACCGCCUCAAGGAGCUGAGCCCGGGCGAGCUGGUGGGCUGGUUCCGCGGAGUGGACCGCUCGCUGCUGCUGCAGGGCUGGCAAGACCAGGCCUUCAUUACGCCCGCCAACCUGGUGUUCGUGUACCUGCUGUGCCGCGAGUCGCUGCGCGGGGAUGAGCUGGCGUCGGCCGCCGAGCUGCAGGCCGCCUUCCUCACCUGCCUCUACCUCGCCUACUCCUACAUGGGCAACGAGAUCUCAUACCCGCUCAAGCCCUUCCUCGUGGAGCCCGACAAGGAGCGCUUCUGGCAACGUUGCCUGCGCCUCAUCCAGCGGCUUAGCCCCCAGAUGCUGCGGCUCAACGCCGACCCCCACUUCUUCACGCAGGUCUUUCAAGACCUCAAGAACGAGGGCGAGGCUGCCGCGGGCGCCGGGGGUCCACCCAACGGGGGCGCGCCCGCGGCCCCCGCCUCCUCCUCGGCCGCCAGGGACAGCUGCGCGACCGGAGCCAAGCACUGGACUAUGAACCUGGACCGCUAGGGAUUCCCAAGGGCCGCGCCCGCCCCCCACCCCAGCCCCUGACACGCACUCGGAGCCCCCGGGACCAUCAAGCCGCCGCCAAUGUUACCGCCGCUCCGUGCCGUGGCCGGAGGAGGAGCCGCCCCUGUCCCGCAGGGGAAGGUGGAGGCCAGGACGCCAGAGGCCGCGGCUCUGGAUUUGCUGGGCAUAGGGUGGGGGUGGGGGAUGAGCGCGGGAGGGGGACCCCCAACCUCACCCUUUCUGUCUGCCUGUGCCCCCAUCUCUCCAAUUCUACCCGGGUCUCCUCCUUCCCUUCCAUGUGUAUCUGUAAGUCCAUCUCCCUCGGUUUUGACCAUUUCCUCGCCUCCUUCCUGUAUCUUCAUCUUUCCUCCUGUCUGCCUUCCCAUCUCCCUCUCUGCCUUUCCAUUUUCCGUACCUCGGGUGUGUAUUUCCAUCUCCAUCUUACCCCCUACCUGACUAUCAUUGCCCCCCUUUCUCAUUCUGCACCUGUGUCCCCAUCUCCCCUUCUCGUUCUCUUUUCCUUGCUCCUCGCAUGUGUCACCAUCUUCCCUCCUGUCUGCUUAUCCCACCCCCCCCCCGCCUAUGUCAGCUUGCAUUUUCCCCCUACUGAACUCCCAUAUCCCCUUUCCCAGACCAAAGGGAAUAUUAAUUCUUGAUUUGGACUGACUUCGGUGCAGCGAGAAACUGCAGCCCCAGGAGCCCAGACAACCACCAGGAUGGUCCUUCGCCCCACCCCCACCUCCUCUCCCUACCUUUUCCAACGUGUUGCAUGCCGGGAGUUGGGGGGGGAAGGGAGAUGCCGGCUUCAGGAGACUGAGGUUUGGGAGCAAAAUCAACCUAGGAGGCCACCCCGGCGGCGGCGGCUCCUCAGCGGAAGGGCGGGAGGAGACAGAAACUCUUCUUACUCUGGGGGAGGGGUACCCCUCUUCCCUAUCCUUAGGUGUUUUUUUUUCUCCCCUUUUAAUUUAUUUGGUUGUUUCCAGAGGGGGGGGGGAGGGAUGGGUGUUGGGCCGGGAGCUGUCUGAGGUGCUGAUUUGAGGCCGGACCGGAAUCUUCCCGGGAGGGUACCAGGGACUGGGUUGGGCCUGGUGCCGUGUCCAAGGUGCCAAUGAUGCGGGCCGACGGCGCGGGCUGCACUGUCUGUCUGUCCGUCUGUCCCAGAGAGAACUAUAAAGCGCUGGAAGCGCCUGCAGAUGGUUUUGCGCCGGCCUUUCUUUGGGCCCCGGGAGGGAGGGAGUGGGAUUGGGAGUGAAACAGUCACAGAUAGGGCAGGAGGGCCCCCAUGGGCCUACUGGGGAAGAUGGGUCCCUGAGAACUGCUACUCUUUCCGUCCCCCCGCCCCCACAUUGGCUUCCAUUUUACUGAGAGUAAAGUAGCCAAAGGUUGAGGCCUGGUGAUAAAGCUGAAUCCCCUCACACAUUACUUCUCCAUCUUGUCUCAUCUAGCUCUUCAUUAAUGCGCAGGCCAUUUAGGGAUUAAAUGAUGAGGACAGCAAAAGUUGUACCCUUUACAAAGUGGUCUAUUGAGGUAGAACUAGCUACCUCUUCUUUUCUCUUUUCCUCCAUCUCUCCCCACUAUAUAUACUGUCUAGAGUCUAGUUAGGCCUGACUAAGCCCGUGCUCACCACUCUCGGGUGGGGCCUGACUGUCACACUCAGCUCCACGCCCCUCCUCCAAACUCCUGGGUUGUUUCAAGGCCAUUUCAGUCACACCCCCACCCAGGAUAGCCUUGGGAAGUCCAUCCCUGCUUAAGAUUCAGACCUAGCCCUUUAUCCCCAGGGAGGCUAGGACACAGGCAGCCUGGGAGACAGGGGCCAUUCUUAGGGGUUGAAAGAAGAGAAAUAAGCUUUUAGCCUGAGAUUUCUGUCCCGUUGCCUUUUUCGCCACGUGGCUAAGCGCCCCAUUCAGUUUCAUUGGCCCAAGGAGGCCUGGCUCCAGUAGAGCGCUGGCGUCUCUGACCCUAGUCGCCGCCUAGACCUCGAGGAUCAGGAGUCAGAACCCUGCGGCUUGAAAGACUAGGCCCGGGUUCGCUGUCCGUGGUGCUGACCGGCGCGCUGGGGCAGGGUGGGGGCUUGCGGGGGCGGGAGGAGUUGCAGACUCGGCUUCACCUAGAUUUUCUGAAUAAUUUGGGAGCAGGUUGUGAUCUCUUCUGAUGGCGAGUUGCAGGCGUCUGGCCCGAGAACCCAAGAACGCCGGCUUCCAUUUGCCCUCCUAAGAGGACAGACCGCGACUCUACCCCGGCCUCGGCCCAGCGCCCUUGGACCCGGCCUGGAGCCGGAAAUCUCCAGUCCAGAUUUGUGAAUCGAAUUCCCGGGGGGGAGGGAGGGGAGAAGAGGGAGAGCUGGCGGAAGGGAAGGCGGGAGCAGCCGCCCAUUGGCUGGAAUUUGGCGCAGUCAGCGCGGUGCCGUCAUCUUUCUGGGUUUGGGAGGAGGGAGGGAGGAGCACUUGGGUCACCCCGCGGCUGUCGCCAUAGUAACCAGACUGAGCGGGCGGGGCCACCUUUCCACUCUCCCCACACUAGCGGAGGAAACAAUCUUAGGCUGCCUUAUUUAGAACUUGUUAGCAAGACUACUUGAUUGGAAUUUAUGCGUUAGAAGAGUCUAAAGUGGGUGGGAAAGAGAGACCAGAGGGCCUAUCGAGAACCCCCAAACAUCCUGCUCUUGGCGAGAUCGCUAGGUACUGCCCCUGAACCCCUAGACACAGCAUCCUCCCUUUGCCACACACACACACCUCCAGGAACCUGUGGUCUGGCACUUGGAGACUUAGAAUGAGAAAAAAGCCUCAGUGCUUGGUGUCAAAUUAAAUCUCACUUUCCUUGCCAUGCCCCAAGGCAUGAGACACCGCCAUAAUCCGAUUAGGGAGUAAGCGACUGGAGGAGGAUCAGCAUGAAUACAUGGAAGAAUUAGCCUCCUGGGUCAAACCUGGUCAGACUCUUGUUUUGUAAGGGAGGGGUGGUCACAUGGAGAAAAGUUGUCUUCUGAGAAGGCAAGGUGAGAAGGGAGAAAGUGCAGAAACAGAGUAAGGUGCCUUCUCUUUACCGCCCAGAAGUGAACCUCAGGGAAGUGAGUCCAGGCUGAGGAGGGUAGUGGUGAAGAGGGCUCAGAGCUCUACAAAGAGCCCAGCUUGGGUGAGAGGCUGACUGAGGAAAGAAUGGAGAUGGAAAAUAGGAUACAGAAACACAGCUGGAGCCAUGACUCAGCACUUCCCCUGGCAAAGGACUGGGGUGGCUCUCCCAGCAGAAGAGCAGCAGAGACGGGAGGGAAGCAGGAAAGCAAAUGUGUGGAUAGACAGUGAUCUGACCAUUUGUUGCAUGGAUAUACAACCAAAGGCACACAAUUUAACCCAGAGAGCAGGUACAUAUACAUUUAUACUGAUGAAGGCUCCUUCAGACAUAACAUGUACACAUCUCCACUGCCUACUUCCCUUCCCCUCUUCCUGGAGCAGAGGACAUUCUGUCCUGAGAGCUAUGCUUGCCUGUCCCUGUAAUACCUUGGUACUUAAUGGGAAAGGAGAAAUGAAAAAAAAAAAAAAUCGCAGACGUGGGGGCGGGGGUGUUGGUUGUCAUGGUAACUGCUUUGCCUGCCAGACAGAGUGCCCAGCAACCAGAGCAUCUGGCAAUAUCCAAGGGGAUAUCCUGUGGCCUCUACCUAUGGGGACUCUGCCUCAGGCCCCCAGAUGGGCAUCUCUGGAAGAUUUUGACAACAGAGGCUGCCACAGCAACCCCUUCCAGCCACAUCACCGUGACCAAAGACAGGUGACAGCCAGGUUUGGAGGGCUGACCGUCUUUGCACGCCCCACUUUAAGUGGUACUCCUGAUCCCUUUAUACAUGAUAAACAACAUUUGCUGUCAGUGACCUCAAGACAGCAGGUGUUAACACUUUAAGGACCUUCAUUAAGACUGUUACCUUCCCUCUGAACACCUUGCUAAACACCCUACAAGAAGGUCAUGUAUAUCCACACAGGCUAGGUGUGUAAAUGCGGGCUAGGAAAAUUGUUUUAGUUCGGUAAUGAAAGAUUGGGUGCAAAAUAGAUAAACUGCAGGGGAUAGUCUCAGGAUUCAAUACAUUAGUUGGCCUUAGUUUAAUACAUUGAUGAGGUUUAGAGUCAGUCUCUCUGUUGCACUUACAGGCAACACCCACCUCUAUUUUUGUUUUUUCUUUCCUCUAUCUUAGGUUUAACCUCUUAGUUUCUGGAUUAAAAUUCCCCCAAUCUAGAUUAAGCUUUCAUGUUUUUCUUUCCCCCUGGAUUUUUUCCACUAGUUCUUUAGUAAUUAGCUGCUCCUAGGGUCUCUUUCUAUUUGGAGAUAUUGCCCACAGUAGUAACUCCCCUUUCUUAAGACUUCCCCUCCCCCCUUUCUUUACACCCCUUGGUCAUAGUCUCCUGUGAUUGAUAUUUAUCUUCAAGUCCAUAAAUCAUAAAAUUAGUUUCUCUGUGUGCACUUUUACAUAUGACUACCUAAAAGGAAAGAGGGGUUAUCACCCAUUCUGUUAUAAUCUUUCAACAUUUUACUCCUUAAAAAAAAUAAUUUACAUAUGAUCCCAGAAAAACACAGAAUAUCAAGUAAAGCAUAAGAAAGAAGAGUAAUGAUGGCGGGCUUGCCCUACCAGGUACUUAAAUGUAUUAUAGAACUAAAGUAGUUAAAAAUAUAUGGCACUGACUUAGGAAUAGAAAAUAGAACAGAAUAGAUAUUCCAAAGCUGAACUCUGGCAUACAUGGGAAUUUAAUAUAUGAUAAAGGCACCAUUUCAAAUCCACUGGGAAAGAUGGGUUAGUCAGCAUAUGGUUUUGUACAACUGGGUAGUCAUUCAUAUGAAGAAAAAAGGUCAAUUAUUCCUUAUUCUUUACCCCAAAAUAAAUUCCAGAUUUUUUUAAUGUAAAGGGAAAAGCUAUAAAACCCUUAUAAGAGGAGACAGUUUUUUUUUUAAGAUUUUAUUUAUUUAUUUGAGAGAGAGAGCACAAGGUGGGGGGGGGGUGCAGAGGGAGAAGCAGGCUCGCCACUGAGCAAGGAGCCUGAUGCUGGAUUUCGCGAGCCAAGGCAGACGCUUAACUGACUGAGCCACCUAGGUGCCCCAAAGAAGAGACAGUUUAAAAGUACCUACUAAAAAUGUAAAUGCACGUAGCUUUCUAUUCAGGAAUUCUGAUUUCUAGUAUUGACCCUGGAGAAAUACUUGAAUAUGUGCACAUAGAGACAUGAUAAAGAUAUUUUUGUUGUGUUAUUGUUUGGAGAGAGAUAAAUUAGAAUCAAUGUAAAUAUUCACCAGUAUGUUAGGGGUUAAAUAAGCUUUGAUACAGCCAAAUUACUGAAUACUAUAGUAUUCAGUUAAAAAGAAUGGAUUAGACUAUAUGUACUGAUGAAAGAUCUACAAAACAUGUAGUAUCAUUAAAAGUUGCAUAACAAUAUAUACAGUACAAUAUAUUUUAUGCAAAAGCAAAACAAAAUUAAAGCUUAAUUUGUGUGUGUGUGUAAUAGAAGCUUGAGAAAGAUAUACAUCACUCUUAAUAAAUGACUUCUUGGAAGAACUGGGAUUGAUUUUGUCUAGAGGACAUGCACCUUAUCUGUGGAGUUUAAUUUUUUACAGCAAAAAUGUAUUAGUAUAUUGUUUGCAUAAUUAGAAAGUAGUAGUUAAUAUAUGGCAAUAGUCAAAUAUUAAAUAAAAAUACUUAGAGAAAACAAGGAUUAUUUAUUAGUAUUGUUACUAGUGCAUCUUGGGUUGGGUGAUGAACAUUUUUUUUGGCAUAGACCUUGAAGGAAAAGAUUUAUUCAUCUGACUCCAUUUCAACUAUUGAAUGUUAGAGAAAUAGAGAGAGAAAGAGCAACCACAAAUAAGAUUAAAAGACAAGUGACAAGCU